CCUCCCUCGAACGGCGUACUGUUACACAAGCGAGGCAGCGACUGGAGGAACAGCGGGGAGUGUUUUAGUGAAGUCGAUCAAAGGAAUAUUUGUGUGCCUUUUGCAGGGAUGUGGACUCACAUUCUCGGAUUCACCGCACUGCCCCAUGUGGGUGGGAUCGUGGGCUCUCUCUACACCAGAACGGAGGUGUCCACCUGGUACAAGACCCUAAAGAAGCCUGCCUGGCGCCCCCCGAACCGCGUGUUCCCCAUCGCCUGGACCACCCUGUACACCGGCAUGGGAUACGGGUCCUACCUGAUCUGGAAGGAUGUCGGGGGGUUCACCAGCGCCGCCUCCGUCCCCCUGGGGCUCUACGGAGCCCAGCUGGCACUGAAUUGGGCCUGGACCCCCAUCUUCUUUGGGGCGCACAACCUCAAACUGGCCCUGGUGGAGAUUGUGAUACUCUCCGGGACAGUGGCAGCCACCAUGGUGUCCUGGUACCCCAUUAACAAGACCGCCACCCUGCUCAUGGUACCUUACCUGAUGUGGCUCACCCUGGCCAGCAGCCUGUCCUACUGCAUCUGGAGAGACAACCCUGACAAGGACGAGUGAAGGGCCCAGGCACCCGGCCUCCCAGAGCCAGCACUGCGGGCAGAGGCAGGGGGUGUGGCAAGGCAGUAACCCCAGGGCCAUGGACUCCUCCCCCUGCCCGUACUUGCUUACCCCACUUGGAAACGGCUGUCACAGAACAGGUAGAGAUCCGUCAAGAGCCUUGUUUGCAGGCUGCUGUAAUAAUUAGAAAGUUGUUUGACAUGUCCCAUCAAUUAUAGAUUUGUGAAACUGGCCAGACACCAAAUGGCGUGAGCAAUCCUGCUUGUUUCCUGAGGCUGCUGAAGUAUGUGUUUGCACAAGCAAAAUUCCCUUUUUUAUGUAAAAAUACUAAAUGCUAUGAAGUAUAUUUAUUAUUGAAUGCCUUGCUGAUCUCACAGCUGUGCAAAACAGAAAGGAAGCGGUAAGCACUUGCUUGCCUUGCCUCUCUUCACUUCAUUGAUAAAUCUGAAGUUUGUAAGGAUCCCAGGUUCCAUGCUGGGACGCUGCAUCCUGCUUUGUGAACAGGACUUUCUAAAUGGGGUUAGGAGACAUGAGAGACGAGCUCUGCGCUUUACAAGGCUUUACUCUGUGUGUUGUUUUCUACUUUUAAAAUUAAUA